AUGGACUUAAACUGAGGCGGGGGGGGGGUUAAGGAACCCCAGGAAAUACCAUAUAUGGGCAGAGAUGGCGACAGCUAGCGACCCGGGUGCAUAAACUCACAGAAACAUGUGACUUCUGGGAAAUCAUGUGUUUCUGAAGAAAUGAAAGCUAAAGAAAAACAAACAGAGCAUGCGUACGCAGGCGCUCUGAAAGAUUUGUGAGCACGGCACAAAAAGGGUGCAGCCGGCCUGCUAGUCAGCACCGAUUGGGCAGCGUCACAACUCUAAGCCAAUGAAUUUGCUUGUGGGCGGGCAUAACCCGAACCCUGUAGUGUGUAUAAAUGUUCACUCAGCAUGCCACUGGGCGGUUCCCCUGGAGAAGCACUUACUUUGUGCUAGGGGGACCCCUAGUGGCCAUUAGCGAAAUAAAACUGCUUUCUGGGAAAUUCCUUCAGUUGUCCGUCUUCAAAUUCCUCCACUGCGCCAACAAGAACCGUAGCACGAAGGUUCCGCUACAUUUUCUGGUGACCCCGACGUGAUUUUUUUUCCUAUAAGACGGGCCAGGAGAUUUGGAGACGGAUCCCGUUGGCGGGACGGCCUCAACUCAGCGGUGGGGGCCUGAGGCAACUACCGUGAGACGAGAAGGGGCCCCUGAAUACUACACGACCGGCUGCGGUGCUUGCCUCUGAAUGCCAACGCCGACUGACGGUGAGAGCUGCAACAUCAGCGAGGUUCCACAGAAACCGGCUAGGAGGAAAAGGAUCCAGGGGAAAAAGCCCAGGGGCGAAGGUGACGAGGUUCUGGUCAAGGAUUGGAAGAUUGAGCCAUUGGGACCCAAGUGGCGAGGACCCUAUGUUGUGCUCCUGUCUACCCCCACUGCAGUGAAGGUGAAGGAGAUUAAGCCGUGGAUACAUUACACCCGUGUAAAACUAGCACCUGAGGAGUGGCGGACGGAGCGAGUUCCUGGUGAGGACCUGAGACUCAGGAUCAUCCGGCAACUCCCUAAGGGGUCAACAAGGCCAUGAAGCUGAUCCCUUCGGGUGCAACGGAGCGUCGGUGGUCAAGUAUGUCGCAGCAUGGCCCAACAAAGGCGCUCUCCGGGAGAUGGUGGCUAGACAUUUUGAGAGGAAAAAGUGGGAGACAAGCUAUGAGGAGGGGAGGAAAGCGCACUGUGUUUGGUAUAUUAUUUGUGCUGAGUUUUAUUCUCUCUUUUGGAAAAAGAGCACAUGGGAAUUGGAUAAAAGAACAUGCCAAUUAUAUGUUUGAGCAGCACGGGAAAGAGGUAGCAUUAAUAUAUGAACACCCCCUCACCGUAGGAGAUUUUUCAUUUCUUCCCGAUUUAAUUGAUGAACCACAGAUUGUGUUGGAGGGAUUGUCCAAGGCUCAGGAGGGUCCACCUACCGUGUUUUCUAGCAUACCGCAAAGGAUAAAUAAAACUCGGUUUCGACGGUUUAGAUACCAUACCUCCACCAGGGGUUUGUGCUUCUGUUGUGGAGGAUCGGGAAUAUGGAAUUCUGAGUGGAAACACUGGGGAACUAGGCAGGCGUUCUUUUCCCGAUUAGGCAAUUAUUCCCAUUGUCGAGACCGGUUCUAUCUACAUGGACGAUUUAAUACAUCUUAUGUCUCACGAUUAAAUCUAACCGCAACCGAGUGGGCUAGCAUGUAUCCAGAUUAUCCCACAUUUAGUGUGAAUGAUUCUAUUGAGGGCCUAAAAUCUUAUAUGAACAUACUGCAACAAUUAACCCAACUGAGCCUAGGUAAAAGCCUCUGUCCGUUAUGGCAAAUUAGGGAUCCAAAUCUAUGGUUUUUCUUUGAUAAAUGGGCCACAAAUUAUCACCCCGGCAACUACCAGUGUGUCGGUGUGGGUUAUUUGACAUUCCCAGUUCAGGUCUUACACAAAGGGCAUCAGCGCCUGAAACGGGACAUUGUGCAAACAGGCCCUCUAGGACCAGAAUGCUCGGAUGAGGUCAUUAUCAACAAGGCCCUGUCAGGUUCAGAAGCCUCCCGUGUAGGAGGAGGCCUGAUCACAGGCUUGUUGACACUGGGUGCUUACCCAGGGAUUGUAGCUCAAGCAAACCGUAGAAGUGUUCUAGGCCUGACUUGCCGCCUUGAAAAGUCCAUAAAUGCCACUGGUAAAAUUUUCCGGGAAAUCCAGUCUGAAGUAGAAGAAAUCAGCCAGAUGGCCCUACAGCAUAAGUUGGCCCUUGACUACCUACUGGCGGCCAGGGGGGGGUUAUGCGCCAUGGUUAGAGGACGUUGUGUAGUGAAAUUUCAUAACUUGAAUAAUACUAUUGAAGAUGACAUCGAGUCAUUACAAAAGUUAAUUUACAAUAAUGUCCAGGAGAUAGAAGGUUGGUCUCCCUUCUCCUGGGUGACUAGCUGGUUACCCUCAAUAGAAUGGUUGAAGAACAUAUUGUUGGUAGGGAUUUUAGGAUUGUUCAUUGUUCUCAUAGUUAUGUGUUGCACUCCAAUAAUGAUGCAAAUGUGUACUAGGUGUGUCACACAAUCUUUACCUGAAAAAAAGAUAGCCAUACUCCAAGCCAAGCGGGAUUGGAUGGAACCAUAAUGCUUUGCUUCAGCUUUUGUACAUGCGCUUCGCAAAAAGAAAAUGGGGGAGUGAGGCGGGGGGGGUUAAGGAACCCCAGGAAAUACCAUAUAUGGGCAGAGAUGGCGACAGCUAGCGACCCGGGUGCAUAAACUCACAGAAACAUGUGACUUCUGGGAAAUCAUGUGUUUCUGAAGAAAUGAAAGCUAAAGAAAAACAAACAGAGCAUGCGUACGCAGGCGCUCUGAAAGAUUUGUGAGCACGGCACAAAAAGGGUGCAGCCGGCCUGCUAGUCAGCACCGAUUGGGCAGCGUCACAACUCUAAGCCAAUGAAUUUGCUUGUGGGCGGGCAUAACCCGAACCCUGUAGUGUGUAUAAAUGUUCACUCAGCAUGCCACUGGGCGGUUCCCCUGGAGAAGCACUUACUUUGUGCUAGGGGGACCCCUAGUGGCCAUUAGCGAAAUAAAACUGCUUUCUGGGAAAUUC